GGCUGACUGGCUUGCUGCAUGCCAGCGAAUCACACGAAUCACGCCUAUCAGACCAUCAUAGCCAAGGCUACGGGAUUCCUUGAGACAUGAUCUAAUAAUCCUGUGCCAACCCGCCGGUUCAUCCCUCGCCAGACCGCUGCUAUAUUGAGUUCGACAUCGGCACUCCGGUUUUGAGAUGCUGUAGAUAUACUGGUUCUCGCUUCUUCAACUUACCAAGUAGUUCCUGCUUGGCAGCGGCCAAGCUUCUCACGAUGAGCGAUGGUAAGCUCUACUAUGCCGAACCUCCACCAGGCCAGGUCCGCACUCCGGUCAAUCCACCGACGCGCCGAGGUGACCUGAUGGCCGCCGGUAUCUCGACGACAAUCAUUGCCGGUAUUGCUCUCGCUCUUCGUCUUUAUACGAGGGUUUACAUGCUCAAGAAGAAGCUUGAACUUGAUGACUGGCUUGUCAUUGCCGCGUAUAUAAUAUCGGUUGCGAUGCUGGUAUUUGUAAAGAAAGACAUCGAUCAUGGCCUCACAUAUCACGUCUGGGAUAUCCUGCAGGAUACUUACCAUAUCGGCGAACGCCUGUAUGGCCUUCUGGCUUAUCUUAGUUUCAUCUUUAGCGUCAGCUUUGCCAAGAUGUCCAUGUUAGUCCUAUAUCUGAGGCUCGCGCCGCACAUGUGGUUUCGUUGGACCUGUUAUAUAUGUAUCGCCACAAUUGUCUCCUAUUCGGUGACGGCGGCGCUGGUUGAAUCGCUGGCCUGCAGACCACUUCAGGGAAUCGUCGAUGAAAGCUUGGAUGCCGACUGCUACGACUCCUAUCCCGCCUACAUAAGUCUGAGUAGCUUAAGCGUAUGCUGCGUUGCUCUCAAACGAGUUACAUACAUACCCGUUCUGGAAGCGAGUGAAGACUAUGAUUGGGAUGCUGUACCUGACAUGAUACUCUGCUUUAUCGAAGUCAACCUCGGUAUUGUAUGCGCAUCGGUGCCAGUAGUCCGUCCCUUCUUCAGCCGACUCCUCCCAGCGCUCCUGGCGUAUGGACGCAAGGGCUCUGGGACGUCGUCGUCCGGACCGGAAAGUGGGCGAGUGAUUGACACGGUGGAGCAGAAGAACAUAGAGAGGCAGAAUCUCAAGCGGCGGAAUAUAGGACAGGAUGAGUCUUACGACAUGUCCACGCUGAGCGAGGCUAGUAGGUGUCUGGACAGCCAAGACGAAGAAUCCCGGCUGUGGCCUCCGCCAGAAACGAUCAAGGCCAUGGCUUCCUCAAGGGUUCCAACGAGGUUAGAGAGGAGUUUGAGUUGACAUUGUAUUUUUAUUAUACCUAGUAUACCCUGCCACUUGUUGCAUUGA